UUAAUGUAUAUUUUUAAAUUUCAAUUGGAGAGAGUCUAAGUCAAGAGUGGCUGCCAUAACAAAAUUCAAAAAGCAAUCUUUACUUCAUCACCCUUUCUCUUGAAUCCCCCAAGAAAUUUUUUUAAAUCUUUUCUUCCAUGGCUGCCAUAAUCUCCAUUUCCAGUUAUCUUCUUCCUCUGUUCUUCUUCUUCAUCUACAUCCUAUCAUUCUUCUCCACACUUACACUUGCAAAUUCUUUAGCUUUCAAUUUCUCAUCUUUCGAUUCAAGUAAUACCCACAUAUUCUACGAGAAAGCAUUCCCAUCAAAUAGAACAAUCAAGCUCACUGGAGAAACUGUUAAUAAAAACCAAAAUUUCACAGGAAGAGCAACCUACUUUAAGCCUUUUCAUCUUUGGGACAAACCCUCUGGGAAUCUAUCAAGUUUUCAAACUCAUUUCUCCUUUGCUAUUGAUUCAGAAGGAGCAGAAAGGUAUGGAGAUGGGCUUACCUUCUUUUUUGCUCCUAAUAAUUCUAGGCUUGAUGCUGAGAUCUCAAAGGGUAGUGGAUUAGGGAUUGGGUAUAAUCCCAGUUUGACAAAUUUAACAUAUAGUUCAUUUUUUGCAAUUGAGUUUGAUAUCUUUAGUAAUUUCUUUGAUCCGCCUCAAAAAGUUGAACAUGUAGGUAUUGAUAUCAAUUCAAUGUCUUCUGUUGCUUACUCAAUAUGGAAAUGUGAUAUUAAGAGCGGGAGGAGGACGGAUGUUUGGAUUAAUUAUGAUUCUGCUACUUUGAAUUUGAGUAUUACUUUUACUGGGUAUGAGAAUAAUAAAACUAUAUUGCAGAGACUUAAUCAUGAUGUAGACUUUAGGUUGACUCUACCUGAAUGGGUUACUUUUGGGUUUUCUGCUGCGACUGGAACUCUAUAUGCAACUCACAACAUAUAUUCUUGGGAUUUUAAGUCAACUCUAAAUUUGAAUUCUGAUUCUAAUUUGGCCCCAAGUCCUGGUCAGGGUAGCAAGGUAGGCCUAGUAGUUGGAGUGGGUGUUGGUGUUGGUGUAGUGUUCUUAGUCUGUGGUUUGAUUAUAGUUUGGAUCUGUUUUUUGAAGAAAAGAAAGAAGAGGAUGAAAAUGAAUUGGGAAGAGGAUGUUGUGUUGGAUGAUAGUGAGUUUGAAAAGGGUAAAGGACCUCGGAAGUUUUCGUAUAGCGAAUUGGCUCGAGCAACGAAUAACUUUUGGGAGGAUGAAAAGCUUGGGGAAGGAGGAUUUGGUGGCGUUUAUAAAGGUUUCUUGAGGGACUUAAAUAGCUAUGUUGCUGUGAAGAAAGUGUCAAAAGGGUCUAGACAGGGAAUAAAAGAGUACGCAUCUGAGGUGAAAAUCAUCAGCCAGUUGAGGCAUAGAAACUUAGUGCAACUCAUCGGUUGGUGCCAUGAAAGAGGUGAGCUCUUGCUGGUUUAUGAAUUCAUGUCAAAUGGAAGUUUAGAUGCCCAUCUUUUUAAAGAAAACAACUUCUUAACAUGGGAACAUAGAUACAAAGUUGCUCAAGGCAUUGCCUCGGCUUUGUUAUAUCUGCAUGAAGAGUGGGAAAAAUGCGUGAUACAUCGAGAUAUAAAGUCAAGUAAUGUGAUGUUGGAUUCAGAUUUCAAUGCAAAGCUUGGAGAUUUUGGGUUGGCUAGGCUAGUGGAUCAUGCAAUAGGCUCACAAACAACAGUUCUUGCUGGCACAAUGGGCUACAUGGCUCCUGAAUGUGCUAUAUCAGGAAGAGCCAGUAAAGAAUCAGAUGUCUUCAGCUUCGGGAUUGUAGCAUUGGAAAUUGCUUGUGGAAGAAGACCCUACAACCCUAAUGUAGAGGAGGCAAAAAUGGUGAUGGUAGAGUGGGUUUGGGAGCUUUAUGGGAAUGGAAGGCUUCUUGAAGCAGCCGACACGAAACUCCAUGGAAGCUUUGAGAAUGAACCUCAACAACGUCAACAGAUUGAGUGUUUGAUGGUUGUUGGACUGUGGUGUGCUCAUCCAGAUAUAAACUGUAGACCAUCAAUAAGACAAGCAAUUCAUGUGAUGAACUUUGAAGCCUCAUUACCUGUUCUUCCUUUACAGUUCCCUACACUUGCUUAUCAUCAUCAUCCUCUUUCAGUGAACAGACCAAUUAUUUCUUCUUCAUUUUCAUCAACUCAAGAUAGUGUUGUUUCUCAAAGUACUGGAAAUGGCUUCAACUCUACUAAUGUCUUAACUACUUCACAGGAGACUACAACUUCUUCAACUUCUUUUUCUGCAUCAACUUCACUUUUGAAUACACGGUAAUUUAGUUUAUGUCUCCAAGUGAGAGAGAGAGAACCAAUUUUUUGGUUCUUUGUUUGUAAAAGUUCUGUUGGUUAUUUAUGUUAAUUCAUAGAGACUAAGUAAGUAAGACAGCUCGUUAAGGAGUUGUGUUACUUUGUAAGCAGACUGAUCUUCAUCACAAAUUCAAUAAGAAAGAGAGAAUCACUUUUUCUGAAUGAAAA